AUGGUCCCAUGGGCGAGGCCCCUCAUCUGGAGUGUGUUCAGAAAUGAAGCCUACUGCCACUGUGUAGACCAGAGGUCACAGAGCAACCAACGCAAAGCAUCUCAGAGCGUCAGGGCCACGAGGCCUGAUGGUGAGGCGACACGUCCCCACUCGUCCGUGCUUCUGCUGGACGUGAGUGACGGCGGGGACAGCCGCCACAUGGCUGAGCCGGAGCGGGAGCCCGGCUGGCCUGGCCCUCAGAACAAAAAUGGAAAAAAAACCUGCUUUUAA